AUGCCGCCGAGUGUUAAAAUCGAAUUUUGCAAGUCUCCAUCCACAGGAAACAAGAAUCGUGGAAAGCCAAGACGGAGAAGGGAGACCUUCGGUUUCUGCAUCAACAAGGUUCUCAAACUACUGCAUCCUGAUAUGGGCCUGUCAACAAAGGCGGUGGCCAUUGUGAACUGCUUUGUGAACGAUAUUUUGGAGCGCAUUGCGGCGGAGGCUUCUUUUCUGGCUAGCUACAACAAGCGCUGCACCAUCAGUAGCCGCGAGAUCCAGACAGCCGUCAGACUCAUUUUGCCUGGAUACCUGGCCAAGUUUUCUGCAAUCGAAGGGACCAAGGCCAUCAGAAAUUUCUCUAGUCACAAGUAA